GUGGGAAAAGGCGAAAUGAGGAAGGUUCCCGUGCCGGCCAACAGGUACACCCCGUUAAAAGAGAACUGGAUGAAGAUAUUCACGCCUAUCGUGGAGCACUUGCAGCUUCAAAUCAGGUUUAACUUGAAAACGAGAAACGUUGAAAUCAAGACUUGUCAAGAGACGAAGGAUCUCAGUGCUCUAACGAAAGCAGCUGAUUUUGUGAAAGCGUUUAUACUUGGGUUUCAAGUAGAGGACGCUCUUGCCCUCAUCAGAUUAGAUGACCUUUUUCUAGAAUCCUUUGAGGUUACAGAUGUCAAACCUUUGAAAGGAGAUCAUCUGUCAAGAGCAAUAGGGAGAAUAGCAGGGAAAGGGGGAAAAACAAAAUUCACUAUAGAAAACGUAACCAGGACACGAAUCGUUCUCGCUGACGCGAAAGUUCAUAUUUUGGGAUCUUUUCAGAAUAUUAAAAUGGCACGAACAGCCAUUUGCAAUCUAAUUUUAGGAAGCCCUCCAUCAAAAGUUUACGGCAAUAUUAGGGCAGUGGCCAGCAGAGCAGCUGAAAGAUUCUGA